AUGCAGCUCUUACUUCUCCUCCUCGCCGGUCUUUUUGCGACCCUGACCUCCGCAUGCGGUUUUCCCUUCAACAACAAUCGUCUCACCAACAGCUCCUUAGUCGACGACUUCAUCGCCGACCUGGAAGUAUCUGGACAGCUCGGCGAUAAUGGCGGCCAAGGCUGGAUGUCAGUCAUCAACCAUCGGAUUCCAGAUAGAACGGUCUGGCCCGAUCAGGGCCCCGAAAAUGACCCAUAUGUUUGGAUUGAUUACUGCUAUGCCACUGAUAAGGACUACGACGCGUUCCACGACGUCGUGGAGGAGGCAGCAAAAGAGUGGGUGACCAAGUUGGGCAAGGGUAAAGACAAUGGACAUCGAUUUGCUGGAUUCCGUCACUAUUACUACGACGACGACGAAGAGGGGUUUUAUCCACGUUGUGAUGAGGAUAACGAAUGGAACGAAUUCGUUCCCGAAGGUACACUUCUGAUCAAGGAAUCCUGGGAUGAAUCUGCUUCAGCAACUAUUGGAUUCAUCCCAGAGACACAUUCAGGGGACGACCAUGUCAACUUCGACUGCUCCAAACUCGAGGGCUACGAGACUGCCAAGAAGAAAGUGGAGACUGAGCCCGCGUGGAAGGGGAAAACGAUUGAAGACGUCUGUGGAUCCAACUGGUUGGGAUACAUGCACGGCCUCCAUUUUGCAACCCCAACCGCGUACUGUACCGACAUGGGUCUCGCAAAAGAUAAAACGACACCGUUGGCACAGUACUCGGAAACGGCAUACGACUUCGAUUCUAUCAUGCACUACCCCUCUCGAGCGCACGCUGCAAAUCAGCGAGGUGCCGUCAAUGAGCUACCCCUUGUACGCUGGAAGAAUGGGCGUCCCAGUGACGGUUCGGGGCCGAACGAUGGGAACGCACAAAUCAUUCAAUGGCCUACGGCGAUUUCGGAUGGAGAUAAGAGAGGCGUUCAACACUACUACCCGUACGUGGGACCUACAGAAAAUGGACAGGAUCAAGGUGUACAGGAUGUAGGAGUAUGGGGUUAG